CACUGACUGUGGGUAAUGCACUUGAGAUUGAGAGGACUUGGAGAGCUGCGGGAGCCUUUCCUCGGACCGGCUACUCAGUACAACCAGUGUGUUGCACCAACAGCCACGUGAAGAGCAGAUCCUAACCUCGCCUCCCCUCUCUGACGUCUCCUGGGGGGGUCACACCAGUAGGGGGGUCUUCAAACCAGGACCACUUUAUAAGCCUCGUACCAGAAGAUGCGAGUUCAUCACUUGUGUGGAUGAACCGGAGGAAGGACACUGACUGACUGAUAUCUGUUUUUCUGGAUGUGAUUUGGGGUGGUUACGCACAGGUUCCUCAGCCGGAAAGUCCAUCAGCAUUGACUGGUUUUUGCUUUUUAUUUUAAAAACUAUAUCUCUCGUUAUUUUUUCCUACCGUCUCGUGUGAUUAUUUGUUUUCCGGAACGACAUCGACAUUUAUCACUAAAUGUGGGUUCUCGGAUCGUCCGGUGCAGUGAUGAUGGAUGAGCGCUCGUCUCCCUCGGCGCGUUUUGCCCAGAGCCCGGGACAUCCCGCCAGGGUCCACAGUAUAGAUGCCAUAUUGGGAUUUAAGGAGGACCACAUGUUCAACAAAUCAGCGAUUUACAGCGUGAGAGAGAAGUCCUGCAUGAAUGACACGGCGCGUAACGGGAACGUGAUCGUAGCCCCGAUGACCAAGAAAGAGCAUCAUUCUGAAACUUUUGACAGUAUGUGCUGCACCACCACCUCGGACAGUCCGACCCACAGCCCAGCAGACUCGCCGGGCGGGGACGGCAGACCGGACUCAGAGGACUCGGAGGAGGACCAUCCCAAGAAGAAGCACCGCAGGAACCGGACCACCUUCACCACCUUCCAGCUGCACGAGCUGGAGCGCGCCUUCGACAAGUCCCACUACCCCGACGUGUACAGCCGCGAGGAGCUGGCGCUCAAGGUCAACCUGCCGGAGGUCCGAGUGCAGGUGUGGUUCCAGAACCGACGCGCCAAGUGGCGGCGCCAGGAGAAGCUGGAAGUGAGCGCCAUCCGGCUGCAGGACACCCCCUCGUCCCUGUUCUCCUUCGGCUGCCCCUCCACCAACCCGCUGCACGGCCCAGGGGGUCUGCACCUGGACCCCUGGCUCACCACCCCUAUCACCAGCACCACGGCCGCCUCGUCCCUGCCCGGCCUCCCCGGGUUCAUAGGCGGCUCCCAGGGGCUCUCGGGUGGGGGUUACGCAUCGCCACCGCCUCCCCACUCCAUGGCCUCCUCCAUGCCGGCUACUUUCCUCCACUCGGCGCCCGGGUCAGGGUCCAACCAUCACCAGCUCCCUCAUAUAGGCUCUAUAUGUCCGCCGGCAGCGGCCUACCCCUGCUCGGGCUUCAUGGACAAAAUGGUCCUGGAGGAAUCGGACCCGCGGAACUCCAGCAUCGCGUCCCUCAGGAUGAAGGCCAAGGAACACAUCCAGUCCUUCGGGAAGACGUGGUAACGAGAUGGGGGGACUUCUUUUUUAACUUGUAUUUUACAGACUUCAUCCAGCUCUUAUGAGGAGAUUUAGGUCUGGGUGUGUUUUUUUCCCCCCUUGUGAUUCAGAAUAAUUUUAUUUUGUACUAUGGAUUUUCUUCUCUUUCAGUUUUUGAUGAACUCUUUUUAUGAUAUGGUGGGAAUUUUAACCAGCUCUGAUGGGCUUCAACUGUUGUAUUUUUGUCAGUAAACUGCUCUCCGUCCCAUGCUGAACCCUGCUGUCCUGAUAUCACCAUGAAUAUCACCAUUUAUUUAUUUUACUUUUGCAAUGUAGCCUGAACAGGGAAAACAGCAUAUAAUCAUUCACGUUAUCAAAUUAGAUCAAAUCAUUUUUGUUUUCGUUAUUUGUGGUCAAAUGUGACGAAUUGUAUUUUAUAAAUAUGAAAAUGACGUCAUGAUAUUUGUUCAACUUCAAUAUUGUGCGCUGCCAUACUUCAAUGGUUUGGGAAUUUAUCGUUUAUUGGACUUACCUCACAGUGGUACUGAAUUACUUUCUAUACACCUGAUAACCAGCAUCAUUGCAUGUGUUUAAUUGGAAUAAUAAUGAUUAGCUUCAUUAAAAAGCUUUAACGGUA